UAAAAAAACAAAGUAGGUGUGGUGCAAAAAUUUGAAAGAAAUGAAAAUGUUGAUGAAGCUGCCACAAUUCUGGUGGGUUGGAUUGGCUCUGCACCUAUUGUUUUUGCCUAUUUAUUCUCAGAAUGUUCACAGACGAGUGCUCAUCAAUGAUACAAUUGAAGCUGAUUCGGCAUCUCAAGGACUACAACUGGUUCAACAGGCUAACCAUGUUGUAAUGAGUAAUGGAAUAGUUAGCAUCACAAUUAGCUCACCAGGCGGUUCCGUCACCAAUAUAACAUACAAAGGAAGUGACAAUUUGCUUCUAGUUCGAGAAGAGGAAUCAGACAGAGGGCAUUGGAACGUUGUUUGGAACGAGGCAUUAGGAGGUAUUGAUCAUAUUGACAAUUUGGAAGGAACAGAUUUUAAGGUCAUAUUGCAAAAUGAAAAUCAAAUUGAGAUUUCAUUUACCAGAACGUGGUCUUCUGCUGGCUCACUCGCUCCCUUAAACGUCGAUAAGAGGUACGUGAUGCUGCGUGGGUCUCCUGGAUUCUAUACAUAUGUUGUACUCGAACGUUUAAAAGGGUGGCCUUCUUUUCGUAUACAAGAAGGAAGAAUCGUCUUCAAACUUCAAGAAAACAAGUUUCGCUACAUGGCUAUGUCUGAUGAAAGGCAAAGGUUGAUGCCAACGCCUGAGGAUCGUAAAUCUGGCGAACCUCUUGCUUAUAAGGAAGCUGUUCUCUUAACUAAUCCUGAAUUCAAAGGAGAGGUGGAUGAUAAAUACAUGUACUCAUGCGACAACAAGGAUAAUAAGGUCCAUGGAUGGGUUAGCAAUGACACAGUGCCAAUAGGGUUUUGGAUGAUAAAUCCAAGCAAUGAAUUUUGGACAGGUGGGCCAACCAAACAAGAUCUCACUUCUCAUAUUGGCAGUUCUCAUGGUGGCCCAACUGUGCUUUCUAUGUUCAUCAGCAGACAUUAUAUUGGGGCGGAUAUAGAUAUCACAUUUGAAACUCAAGAUUACUGGAAAAAAGUUUUUGGCCCUAAUUAUGUCUAUCUCAACUCCGAUGCUUCUGCUCUAACAGAUCCUUCUAUUCUUUGGAACGACGCUAAACUAAGGAUGCAGAAGGAAGUAGCUGAUUGGCCAUAUAAUUUCAUAAGUUCGGUAGAGUACCUUAAAUCCGAUCAAAGGGGAUCUCUUACUGGUCAAUUACUUGUUCAUGAUCGGUUUGUUAGUCUACAACCUGUGCCGGCAACCUCAGCUUAUGUGGGACUGGCUCCGGCGGGAGCCGCUGAGUCAUGGCAGAUUGAGAGUAAGGGAUACCAAUUUUGGACACAAACGGACGAGAAAGGAAAUUUCGUAAUCAAGAAUGUGAUUCCGGGAACUUAUAGCUUGUUUGGAUGGGUUCCAGGAGUUGUUGGAAACUUUAAGCAUGUUUCUGAUAUCAAGAUCGAUGCUGGAUCUAGUGUCAAGGCUGAAAAUGUUGUGUUCAGUCCCCCAAGGAACGGUGCGACUUUGUGGGAGAUCGGAAUUCCCGAUCGCUCCGCUAUCGAAUUUUUCAUUCCAGAUCCUCCUCCAAGAUUCAAGAUUCAUCCGUACAAACUUCCCAUUGAAAAAUUCAGGCAAUAUGGACUUUGGGAACGUUACACGGAUCUAUAUCCAAAACAGGACCUUGUUUUCACAAUUGGGACUAGCAAUUAUAAGGAAGAUUGGUUUUUCACACAUGUAGCAAGGAAAGUGGGAGAUAUCCAAUAUGAACCAACAACAUGGCAAAUAGUGUUCGACCUCAAGACUGUGGACCAAAAAGCAAACUACACUAUCCAAUUGGCCCUCGCAGCAGCCAAUGCAGCAACUAUACAAGUACGUUUCAACAAUCAAGAAUCAGCUCCACAGUUUGACACGGGGUUGAUAGGGCAUGACAACGCCUUGGCAAGACAUGGGAUUCGAGGGUUAUACCAUUUUUACAGUAUGAUGGUACAAGGAGCAAAACUUGUUGUGGGACAGAACAAGCUAUUCUUAACACUGGCGGAGAAGCAUGGACCCAACCAGUUUGGACCAUUUACCAACGUCAUGUAUGACUAUAUCCGUUUAGAAGGGCCACCAACAACACAUGAUGAAUUGUAAUAACCCGCUCUUUUAAUUAUAUUUAAAUCCAGUAAUGUGAUAAAUAUUCUUUCAUCUUUCAGUAAAUAAAACCUAGUAAUUAUUUAUGAUA